AUGAGAAAGUUCCCUUUCCCUCCUCCAGGGGGCGUCUUUCUCCAGUCUCUCCAAGGAAGGUCUCCAGCCACCCUCCCUUCGCACGUAGAUCCCCCUUCCUCUACUGAUGGCUGGGAGCGAUGGGCCCUGGAGUCCCUCCUGACGCCCUUCCUCCUCCUCCUUCUUGCAGCCCAUUUCUUGUACCAGUAUAAGGCCGAGUGCCGCUUCCUCAACGGGACGCAGCGGGUGAGAUACCUGGACCGCUACUUCUACGACCGGCAGGAAUAUGCCCGCUUCGACAGCGACCUCGGGGAGUUCGUGGCCGUCACGGAGUUUGGGGAGGCGGAUGCGGACUAUUGGAACAGAGAUAAGCAGAGCCUGCAGUACGAGAAGGCCCAGGUGGAUUCCUUCUGCCGGCACAACUACGGGGUGGCCCAGAGGGCGCAAGUGGUUGGCCGGAGAGCCAAGCCCACCGUCACCAUCUCCCCCACCAAGAUGGACCCCACUUCCCACAACACCAUCCUCCUCUGCACCGCAAUGGGCUUUUACCCCAUGGAGAUCGAGAUCCAGUGGUUGAAGAAUGGGCAGCCGGAGAAGGAGGGUGUGGCCUUUGGGGAGGAGCUCCAGAACGGAGACUGGACCUACCAGCUCCAGGUGAUGCUGGAGACCCAGCCCCAGUGGGGGGACCUCUACACUUGCAAGGUGAAACACUCGAGCCUGGAGGCCCCCAUCACCGUUCAGUGGGAGCCCUGUUCCUCCAGCUCUGCCAGGAGCAAACUCUGGACGGGGAUCAUGGGGGCCGUGAUAGGAGUGGCCUUCCUGGCUGUGGGGCUCUUCUCCUACCUGAAGAGCAAGAAAGCAACUCCCAUCCAAUCACCUGCAGGACCAGACAAUCAGUCGGUUUCAUGGUGGUGUAAACACAGAUAUUAGCCAUACUAUCCUUGUCUAUUUCUUUUUCGUCAACCAGGCAGGAAUUGUUAGGUGCAGUUUGGGUGUAAUCAUCUUCGAGUUCUUCAAUAGCCAGUAAAGAUAAACUUUUAGAAAUUGUUCUAACAAAAAUAGGUAGAAUACAAGGUAAAAUUAUACAUCCUAAUGCAAUUAUACCAACUACAACUAUAAUAGCUUAUAAAUCAUAUCAAAGUUAAGUCCGUUAGUUUUUUCUUUGAGUCCUGUACAAUGUCAGAUGGUCAGUAUAGAAGCAGCAUUCUUCCUUUAAAACCACACACAAUCCACCUUCUUGGAGAAAGAAAAGGCCAAAGGAGCGAUAAAUGUCUCUUGUAGGAAGAAAAGAGUCAGUUGCCAUCAAUCUUUUGAUGGUAGGGACUGAUAUGUCGACCAGGGCCUCAAGGUCUCACCGUUGAUGUGGAUGUUCGCUGCUGACAGAAAUCUCAAAAUACAAAUCCUUACAUGAAUACAUAAAACAAGAAAGAACCAAACUGUCUUAAAAAGUCGUUACAUGUUUAAAAGACAUGAGAAAGGGUCCCCUCCUCCUCCCUUUCUGGGUGAAAAAAGGCAUUGUUGGAGGAUUAGGGAGGGGGCCAAGGGGGAAUGGAUAGCUUGCAUGUAGAACUGAAAUAGAAACAACAAACAUACAAAUCUCAGUUUUGUUUUUUAACAAAGGUACUAUGUGGAAGACAGAGAAAAAGACAAUCAAUCAAUAAAGACCCAACUCCCACCCUUUUUAUUUAUGUGUGGAAGUUGGUCACUAACAAAACCAUGCUAUCAAAAACUUUCAAAAACAAACCACAUUAUAUCUUAGCAAAAUCACCAUCUGUCUUACUUUGCUCAUACUUUUCUAACUUCCUAAAACUUUCUCAGCACUAGU